AUGGUCCGCACCUCCGUCCUGAACGAUGCCUUGAAGAGCAUCAACAACGCCGAGAAGGCCGGCAAGCGCCAGGUCCUUAUCAGGCCCAGCUCCAAGGUCAUCACCAAGUUCCUGAGCGUCAUGCAGAAGCACGGUUACAUUGGCGAGUUUGAAGAGCUCGACGACCACCGCUCCGGCAAGAUCGUUGUUCAGCUGAACGGCCGUCUCAACAAGACUGGUGUCAUCUCCCCCAGGUACAACGUCCGCCUUGCCGACCUUGAGAAGUGGGUCGUCAAGCUGCUGCCCGCCCGUCAGUUCGGCUAUGUCAUCCUUACCACCUCGGCUGGUAUCAUGGACCACGAGGAGGCCAGGCGCAAGCACGUCGCUGGCAAGAUCAUUGGCUUUUUCUACUAG